GUCUCUUCGGUGCAGAGGGGGGAAACUCCGCGGGCUCCGAGAAAGAAUAAUGCGGUAGCAGGCAGGCUGCUAGCUCUGGGGUUUGGCAGCAGCGGCGGCAGCUCGAGCAGCGGCAGCGGCAGCGGCAGCGGCAGCGGCAGCGGCAGCGGCAGCGGCAGCGGCAUCACCCCAGACGCUGACAGCACAGCCGGCCGGCUCCCUCGCUGACUGCCGACUGUCAAUGGAGCUGGAAAACAUCGUGGCCAACACGGUCUUGCUGAAAGCCCGGGAAGGGGGUGGAGGAAAGCGCAAAGGGAAAAGCAAGAAGUGGAAGGAAAUCCUGAAGUUUCCUCAUAUCAGCCAGUGUGAAGACCUCCGAAGGACCAUAGACAGAGAUUACUAUAAUCUAUGUGACAAGCAACCAAUUGGGAGACUGCUUUUUCGACAGUUCUGUGAAACCAGGCCUGGGCUGGAGUGCUACAUUCAGUUCCUGGACUUAGUGGCAGAAUAUGAAAUUACUCCAGAUGAAAACCUUGGGGCGAAGGGGAAGGAAAUAAUGACCAAGUACCUCACUCCAAAGUCCCCAGUGUUCAUUGCCCAAGUUGGACAGGACCUGGUCUCCCAGACAGAGAAGAAGCUCCUGCAGAGCCCCUGCAAAGAACUCUUCUCUGCUUGUGCUCAGUCUGUCCAUGACUACUUGAAGGGAGACCCCUUCCACGAGUACCUGGAUAGCAUGUAUUUUGACCGCUUUCUGCAGUGGAAAUGGUUAGAAAGACAACCAGUGACCAAAAACACUUUCCGGCAGUACCGAGUGCUGGGCAAAGGGGGCUUUGGAGAGGUCUGUGCCUGCCAGGUUCGGGCCACUGGUAAAAUGUAUGCUUGUAAACGCUUAGAGAAGAAGAGGAUCAAAAAGAGGAAAGGAGAGUCCAUGGCACUCAACGAAAAGCAGAUUCUUGAGAAGGUCAACAGCCAGUUUGUGGUCAACCUGGCCUAUGCCUAUGAGACCAAAGAUGCACUAUGCCUGGUUCUGACCAUAAUGAAUGGUGGUGACCUGAAGUUUCACAUCUACAACAUGGGGAAUCCUGGCUUUGAGGAAGAGCGAGCCUUGUUUUAUGCAGCUGAGAUCCUCUGUGGCCUAGAAGACUUACACCGUGAGAACACUGUCUAUAGAGAUCUAAAACCCGAAAACAUCUUGCUGGAUGAUUAUGGCCACAUCAGGAUCUCAGACCUCGGACUGGCCGUGAAGAUACCUGAAGGAGACCUUAUCCGUGGCCGGGUAGGCACUGUUGGCUACAUGGCCCCAGAAGUUCUGAACAACCAGCGAUAUGGCCUGAGCCCUGACUACUGGGGCCUGGGCUGCCUCAUCUAUGAGAUGAUUGAAGGCCAGUCACCAUUUCGAGGCCGUAAGGAGAAGGUGAAACGGGAAGAGGUGGAUCGUCGGGUGCUGGAGACUGAAGAGGUGUAUUCCUCCAAGUUCUCUGAGGAGGCCAAGUCCAUCUGCAACAUGCUGCUCACCAAAGACUCGAAGCAGAGGCUGGGCUGCCAGGAGGAGGGGGCCGCCGAGGUCAAGAGGCACCCCUUCUUCAGGAACAUGAACUUUAAGCGCCUGGAGGCUGGGAUGUUGGACCCUCCCUUCGUUCCAGAUCCCCGGGCUGUAUACUGCAAGGAUGUGCUGGACAUUGAGCAGUUCUCCACUGUGAAAGGUGUCAACCUGGACCAUACGGACGAUGACUUUUAUUCAAAGUUCUCUACAGGCUCUGUGCCAAUUCCAUGGCAAAAUGAGAUGAUAGAAACAGAAUGUUUCAAGGAGCUGAAUGUGUUCGGACCUAACGGUACCCUCUCACCAGACCUGAACAGAAGUCAGCCUCCAGAACCGCCAAAGAAAGGGCUGUUCCACAGACUCUUCAGGCGUCAGCAUCAAAGCAAUUCCAAGAGUUCACCUACUCCUAAGACCAGUUGUAACCACCGAAUAAAUUCAAACCACAUCAAUUCAAACUCCACUGGAAGCAGCUAGUUUCGGCUCUGGCCUUGAAGUCAAAAGUGGAACCAGCUCAGAGCCUUCUACUUGGAAGCAGAACUUGUAGCCAGGGGAGCUUCCACUGUGGCUCAGUGGCCAGCAAAGCUCCACUGGGAACUAGGAUAGGAUACUGUUCCCCCAAUAACAAACCUCCAAGUUUCUCAAAGAAAUUUCCACUCAGGUCUGUUUUCCAAGGUGGCCCCAAGCUGGGGUGGACUAGAAUUUUCCUUGUUGAACAUUGCAAUAGAAACCCAAUGGGAUAUGACAGCUUGCACGGAUUUUAAUAGCAUCCUAACUAGAACUGAAUUUUGUCUUUAUUAUUUUUAAAGGAAAGUUUUGUAAAUUUCUCUAUUGUCUCUGUUUACAUUUUGUAUAUUUGUAUUUAAAUGAAAGUCAGAUGUUGAGGGUGUAUAUUUUCUGUGCAGCCGCUGUUAAGCCAUGUGUUUUAAGACAUUUUAGAUUGGAGGAGGGGUUACAAAAAAAUGUGACUCUAGACUUCCAGAGCCUCAAAAGAGAUAAUGUUUUUAUUAAAUAUACAAAAUAUCUCACUUUUUACCUUUAAAGACCGGAUUACAUCUAUCUACAUCCAUCUCUCUGCCUUUUUCCCCUUCAGUGUAGCUAUCACUCUCCUGUUGACUUGUAACAAGCUGAAUGAAAUGCCAGAAUGCACUUGGGCCAUCUCCCAAUCCAAACACUCUCUGUGUGCUAUAACAUCAUUGGUAAGAGUACUUCUAUGAGCAGGACUUAGACAUUGCAGCUUCAUUGGCCUCCUCCUGCAGGGCAUCCAGCAUGUAGGGUGAAGAAUCCUAAAUCAUUGGGAUAGAGAUCUUGGCUGCUAAAACCAGUGGUUUUAAGAGGUUUCUGUUAUAUUUGGGGAUUUCUGUUAUAUAUUCUUUUUAGGAGUUUGUACUGAUGAUAAUGAUAUGUCAUGAAAACCCAAGUGUUCUCAAUCAUGGAACUAUGGAGAAGUGUGAAUUGGGAUCCAUCCUGAGUGACUACCUCCAAGUUCGUUUAGGCCUUGGCUGGUCAGCAAACUGAUCACCAGACCUUGAACCUUCAUGUGACUCCACUUAUUUGUUGGCUUCUCUGACAUGGCCAGAAAAAUAGGAUGCCUGAGAACAAGCCUAGGCACCAGUGAAGUAUAAAGACAAUCUCAUUGUUACUUCCCCAGGAGAGGUGGGCCAGAGGCUAGUUCUAAUUGGGCAUCUCAAAGUCACAGGCAAAAGUCACUCCUGUAAGACUUUGAUGGGCUUACCUUUCUAGCACUGGGGAGUUGUCACCUAGCCCCUGAAGUCCUUGGAGGUAGCUCCCUGGGAAGCUGAAGCUCUGAGUACGACUCUGCCUCAAAACUUGUCUCAGCCACCAAUUACUAGGGUUUUUUUACAGGAUGAGGCAGGCACUAUCUGAAUCAGCCCGUUACAAUGUAGACUCCUAGGCUACACCCCAAGCCUACUAUGUGGUGAUCUUAUUUUGUAGUUCAGGCUGGUUUUAAACAUGUAUCUUCCUGCUUCAGCCUCUGGAAUUCUAAGGUUACAGGUGCAUACUACCAUGGAAACUGUAUCUAUACUAAGUAUCUCAAACCUGGUGCACUUCCCCUUGUCCACUUGCUCCGUACUGUAGUGUGAGAACCAUUCCCCAGGCCUGUGAGUAUGGCCAUACCAAAUGUGUUUUUUGAGGGACCUGACAACUUUGGGUCUUGAGUCUGUCAGGAAGAGAAUCCCAAGCAUAUCAGUCUCAUAUCUUUGAUUCCAAGCUCUCCCAGGUCUCACUGCUAGAAAAGAGCCUUUGGGAAUGAUCAUCCUGAAAUCAGUUAACCAUGAGAGUUAAAACAGCCAGGCUCCAUGGCGAAAAAUUAACUUCAAGCCUGGCUCCCAGGCUACUUCUGAACUUUUCUUGGGUUGAACAUGAAGCAGAUGCAAGCGACCAUAUCCAGGUUCUACUGGGGAGCAGGACACUCAGUACUUCCAGAUCAUCAAGCCCUUGCUGACACUUCUUCCUUAAGGAAAAGAAGAAUUAUCAUCUUCCUAGGAUGGUCAUCAGCCUCAGCUACACACAAUCCCUGCCUCCUCCUUACAGGUUUGUUUCUUACUUCCCCAUCCACGACUGUUUAACUCUUAGGAACUCUUAGAUAACUCUUAGGAAGCAGUUUCUCCUUAGGCCUCAAAGUCAAAUCAAUGUCCAUUGUAGCAGAGAAUCCCCGGGGGGUGGGGUGGGGGGAAUGUAAGUUUGUCUACCAAGAGUUCCCAUCAUGAGGUCCUGAAAGGCCUGUACAUGGAAAUGUGCCUGAGUGCCUGUGGGAGGUAAGGAGAGUCAUGUGAUUUAGUCUUUCACUCGUGGCUUCAUAACAGAACAGUGUGUGAAAACUGGCUCUCCUCCCUAAGUCUUCCUCCUGCCUGUGUUUCUAUAGCUGCAUUUUUAGAAGUUUUUGUUUGUUUGUUUGUUUAAUGAAAACAAUCCUUCUGCCCUUUUACCUUUCCAGGAGAAAGUGUGUAUGGCUAGUAAACAGACUGUGUUGUGUAUCUGAGCUCUUUGCAAAAGAGCCUUUAUUCAAGGGUGGCAUUUUUUUUUUUCACCAAAUUUCCACUGACUUGGAAUGAGAAGCUUCUCUGCUUUUGCUGUUUGGGAGAUAGGCCUCUGCUGUGAUCAUUCUGACUUACAAUUGUCCAUUAAACCCUUCAGGAGAGGACUCAGAAUAUCAAGAAGGCCUGAUCCCUACCUUCCAGGAGGGUGGUAUCUAUCCUCUACUUGAGCCUGAACCACAAGGCUCCAUGCUCACCCAGCUCUCUAGGGGCUGAGUCUGGCUGCAGCCACAGGGCUAGUCUCUGAAAUGUGUUGUUCUCUUGGAGGGGCAGGGACAAGAGGCUUGCCACACAGACACAGGCAGGUAGCUCCAGUAACAGGCAUGCCUCAUAGUUACUGACCCAUGAUGUUUCUGAUGAGUCCAUGUGCAUGGGGACAUGUACAUGGCACAUCUUUGCAUUAGAGGAGCAAGUAAGAUGGGAACCUGCCUCAUAGCUGAGGCCAGCCCCUAAGAAAGCUGAGAUCAGAAAGUUUCCAUGGAACUUAGCCCCACUGUUGAAAUCCAUUAUUAUUAUUUUUUUGAACCAUGUACUUUCUUGAAAGUCUGGCUCUACUUUCCAUCAAAUUCACCGAGCUACUAACCUCAACAUAGAACAGGCAAUGCAACUUCCUGUAGCUUAGCAUUCUAAGCCUUGAUAAAGGAAAUGGUGGCAGCUUCUUUGGACAAUUGUAGUUCACAAAAGAGGAAUAGGGAAAAAUUAUUCAAACAACACUGGACUCUUCUCAUGAGCUACUGUGUGCUUGCUUUUCUGGCUGUAUCCUUAUCCCUUUCCGGGGGUCUCCCAUCUUCAUAACCCAAUACCCUGAGAUAAGACCUUAUUGCUUCUUAGGUUUUACUAUGGAAAGGCAGCAUAAGUAUAAAGCCUCUUCUUCCAAACUACAAUUGCUAUGCCUACCCUUGGAUCAGCAACUGUACCUAUUUAUACAACCAGCCACCCAGUUAUUGAAGCUGACAGACAUGUGGGCCAGAUCCUGCAUAGGCACAUAUGGUGCCUCCUCUGAAAAAUCUUGACUCAGGACAAUGAUUUAACAUAUGACAAACUAGCUCACCCUAGGGAAGAAGUAGCCUUUACCCUAAAAGAAGAUGCUGGGCAUUUUUCCAGUUCAGUGACACACCAUCCUAUAAUAGAUCACAAGUAAAUGUUGUCCAUUAGAAAGGCAUUGUGGCUACUGGCAUUGUUAUAAUAAUAACUCUAUUUUCCAAAGGUUUCUAUUUUUCCCACGGAGAUUUUAGCAUUAAUGAAUGAAUGUGGUUCCAUCUUGGAGGUUAUUGUCAAUGAUAACAGCUUCUGUUGUGCUGCUCUGAACCUCACAUGUUCCAUUCACUAUGUCACAGUGCCACCUUGUCUGGCCACAACCACUGUUAUUUUAUAGAGAAAUAAAUUCCUUAAUGAACAUAACAUUGCAAUUUCUUUCUGUGGAGGCUCUGACCUCUUCCAUCUGUAUGGCAAUUGCCUGAAAAGUGCCCACACUGUCUGCUGUGACCCCUCCAUUAACCUUUUCUCAAGCCAGUUCCACCCUACCCAAAUCUGGCCCACAUACUGACCAUACCUAGAACUGACAUUGCAUGACCCAACUCUGGUAGGCAGUACAUACAGAAGCCAGCAAAACUCUUCUAGGACAUCUGCUUUUGAAUGCAAACAGUGUAGGUUCUUAGCCACGGGGGGAAAAAAGUUGACUGUCAGAGCUAUACCUAGUGGCUCCUAAAGGACACAGUGAAAACAUGAGAUUUGAAGCAUACAGGCCUAUAUCCUGGAAGACCUGGACCCCUGCCUAUCUCUGGAUCCUUUUUGAUAUGGAGUGAAGAUGGGGGCAGACCCCAUGUUUUUCAGAGUAGUGGUGUUUAAUUGUCCAGAGGAAGAGAACGUUUCCUAUUUGGCGUGGGGGCCUCUCGCAGACCCCCCUGGAAGAUUUUUGGUAACGUGUUGCCCCAUUUGUCUGUUGUUGAUUUACACUCACUAGUCCAAUGUCUGCCUUUGCCACAUCUCUUACAUAUUCCAGGAGGCUUGGGCUCCUUUUAGGAUUAAUUUGGUUUUCUCUGCAGUUUCUUUUGAAAUGAUCCUACACACCACAAUUAAGACAUUUGAGAUUUUGGAUUGUCUCAAGGCCUCUAGUGGUGGCUUCUCCUAUUAAGGUCAUAUCAGAUGCAUGAGGUUUAACAACAACAGUAUGUCUAAUCCACUCAUCUAUUGAUGCUGACCUUGCCUUCGAUGGUCUGAUUACUUCUUUGCAUUCAGGGUUCGAAUUUUCAAAAACUAAGACUCAAUUAGUGCCUUUCUUGCUAAUGGGUCCAAUAUACUUCUUUCUAUAGUGGAAGUCAACCUUUGCAGAAGACAAGGAUGUUUCUUUUGGACCUUGCAUGGCUUGAGAAAAAUGGUUCAAGUCUUUUCCCUGUUUCCAUGGCCUUGUCCCAGGCAUUUAUGGCUGCCAAGCGACAUAAUGUCAAGGUUUCUUCAUCAUAUUCAGCCUUCACCUCUACCUCAGCAAAACAACCCUUACCAAGCAGCUGAUCUUUAGAAAUAAUUAUACUUCUGACUUUAUUUUGUUGUGCUUCUUUUCCUUUGCUUAUCUCCACUAUGAGAACCAUUGUAAUGUGACUCAGGUUCUAGUAUUGCUUUUACCAUAUCCUUCCAGUCCUGGGGCAUUAUUCUAUAAUAGCCCAAGAAGUCAAGAUUUGUUUUACAAAUGACAGGUACAUUCCAAAAUUAGUGACAUGUUCCUUAAAUUUUCUCAGCUCUAACACGUCCAUGGGUUGCCAUUCAAAUUCCUGAUAAUUUUGUGGAUGAUUAUCAUCGGCUGUCUUUGUUGUAUUCUAACCAGAUAAACUUACCUAAAGUUUUUUGUUUUCUGACAACCUUUGGUUGACUUUCUCUAAUGGCUAUCUUCUGUCUCUACUUGAGUAUUUUCUCUAAUUACAUUUUAAGUUCUUCCCUUAAGGUCUGUCCCCAUAUUUCACAUCUCUCCUUUUGUUGUUCAUCCAUAAGUUCCUGUAUUCUCUGUUCAAGGUUCUGCUUCCACACUUUAAUUUUUUUCUUUAUAUUGUAAUUCUGAUAUUUAUUUUAUUUUGAUUAAUUUUAAAAGAUUCUUUUCUGAUCCUUGCUUUCUAUCCUCAUUAUUUUCUCUCUGCUGCUCAGUCUGAUUUGUGAGCAUCACAUCUUUUGUUCUAGUGCCUUCCCCAGCUCCUGUUUCCAACCUUCAUUUCCCUCUCUCUGUUGUUCAUCUUGACCUAUAAAUUCCUGUACUGUUAGUUCCUGUGUUUCCUCUAGGCAAUGUUGCCAAGUCUUAAAUUUCUCUUUAUUGUUCAGUCUCAUCUCUGAAGUUCUGCAUCUUUUGUUCUAGCAUCUUUUCCAGCUUCCUUCUCCAAUCUUCAUUUUUCUGCAUUUUUGUUCUAUAAAAUCUCCUAAUCCCUUUUCUAAGGCUAGUAAUUUUUUAUCUGGGGCCCUGUCUUUUGAGAAGGCAUAGUAAACCAAGAUACUUAACAUUGUAAUAAUGAUAACUGGAAAGGUGUCAAUCUCCUUUAAAUUCAUCCCUUUCAAACUGUUCCAAAUAGCAUAAAAAAGCAUCCCAUAAA